AUGUCUUGCCACAACUACUGCUCUGGAAACUACAGCUUGGGAUCCCUCAGAAGUCCCUGUCUUGUUCCUUUUCCAUCCUCCAUUGCCCUCUGCUCUACGAAUGUGUGCGGCGGCAGUGAUGUCCUCUGCUUGCCCAGCAGCUGUCAAGACCAUACCUGGCUCCUGAACAACAGCCAAGAGACCUGCACUGAACCUAGCAGCUGCCAGCCUGCCAACCGUGAGCCCAGCAACUGUGAAACUUCCAGCUGCACUUCCUCAGGCUGCUAUGUGCCCAGACCCUGCCUAGGAACUAGUUUUCUUCCUGGGUCUUCUUAUAUCUCUGGAUCCUGCCUCCCAGUAUCCUGUAGACCUCCGAGCUAUGUGUCCAGCAGCUGCCAACCCCUGAGCCUCCUCACUUAUGGAUGCCGCCCCUUGGGUUGUUUGCCCUGUGGUCCUCAUCCCCUCGGUGUUUUGUCCAGCAGCCUCAGACCUCUGCGUCCUCUCUUCAGUGGGUGCCACCCUCUGACACAUGUGUUCAGUACUUGCCAUCCAUCUUGA